AUGUUUCUAAUUUACUUGAUCAUCGGCUGUUUAAUCCCAGUAGCCGUUUUAUCCGAUCCCGAUUAUGUCUCACCUCGCACUGCUUUACCGUACAACUCAAGUAUCACCAAUUGUCAAGCUGUUGGGCGAGCACGUUAUCAACAUUCAUGUGUUUUAGCACCAAUGGUUACUGCUGGUCCAUACUUUAUUCCUGAACCUUUGCGAAGGAUAAAUAUUCGUGAAAAUGAAAUUGGUUCACGAAUGGACUUGAUCAUUGCUGUUACCAAUUCACGUAACUGUCGUCCUGUUUCCAAUGCUGAUGUUUACAUUUGGCAUGCCAAUGCAUUUGGUAAUUACUCGGGAUUCAAUGAUUUAGCCGGUGUCCAAUGGGCCGAUGAUGGUAACUCAAUUCCUCAGUUGACUUCACGUUGGUUGAGAGGUGUCCAAAGGACUGGGCUUACUGGUCAGGUAAGAUUUGUUUCAAUUGUGCCUGGUUGGUAUCGUGGUCGAUCUCUUCAUAUUCACAUUGAAAUACGAAUGGGAAACAAUCUGGUUUAUGUUGGACAAUUGUUUUUCACUGAAGAGUUUGGUGAACUUUUGGAACAAGUUUCUCCAUACAAUACAGUUACAACUCCACGAACCAUAAAUCCAGACGAUAUUAGGUUCCAACAAGCUCGAGGGGCUGGUAUAUUGACUACAACUGGUGAUUUUGUCCGAGGAAUCAGAGCUUCAAUUACACUUGGUAUUGAGCCUACCAGAACAGUCUCUGAUCAAUUGAAUCCAAACGGUGAUGGUAAUCGUGAGCUUUAA